AGCAGCCCCGGGCUGGGCUGGGUGUCCCCAUCAGCCAGGACAGGGACAAGGAGGGGAGCAAAUCCGGCAUCACCUGCGAGCAUUGCCGGGGAAGCCGGGCCAGAGCUUUGCAGGAAAGCAGGGCAGGAAAGUACUUUUAUGGGGUUGCUCACAGCUGCUCUCGGAGGCAGGAAGUUCGCUGGCAAAUCAACCCUCGCCGAGCUGCUGCUCUUUGCGGGGCGAUUGACCCCGGGCGCGGGAUCCCCACGGGACCACCAGGGUUUGGUUCCAGCCCAUCUCCUAAGCAAGCUCACCUUGGGGGGAAAAAAAAAAAAGCCCUUCCUGAUCCAGAAUGUCACUCAAGCUGCCACGGAACUGGGAUUUCAACCUGAAAAUGGAUGCUGCAAAAAUAGCCCGCUCCCGGAGCGUGAUGAGCGGGGACCCCGCGGGCGCCCGGCCGGGCUCCCCCAGCGCCCUGGAGCGGCCCCUGAAGCUGGGCUGGCUGAAGAAGCAGCGCUCCAUCGUCAAGAACUGGCAGCACCGCUACUUCGUGCUCAAGGGACAGCAGCUCUACUACUACAAGGACGAGGACGAUGCCAAGCCGCAGGGCUGCCUGUCUCUCCAGGGGAGCACCAUCAAGGUGGUGGCCACUAACCCAGAGGAAGGAGGGAAAUUCAUCUUUGAAAUCAUCCCAGGGGUGGCUGGAGAGCAGAGCCGGGCAGGGCAGGACAGCUGUGUGCUCAUGGCCAGCUCCCAUGCGGAGAUGGAGGAGUGGGUGAAAUCCAUCCGGAGGGCGCUGGGGUCGGCCUCGGGAGCGGUGUUUGGGCAGCACCUGGCAGAGACCAUGGCCUACGAGCAGAAAUUCGGGCAGCACCAGGUGCCCAUCCUGGUGCAGAAAAGCGCCGAGUUCAUCCGGGAGCAUGGAGUGAGUGAGGAGGGAAUCUUCCGCCUGCCCGGCCAGGACAACCUGGUCAGACAGCUCCGGGACGCCUUCGACGCCGGGGAGAGGCCCUCGUUCGACAGGGACACCGAUGUCCACACCGUGGCCUCCCUGUUCAAGCUCUACCUGCGGGAGCUCCCGGAGCCCGUGGUGCCCUGGCUGCAGUACGAGGAUUUCCUGCUCUGUGGGAAGGCUCUGGAAGCUGAUGAGACAAAGGGCCACCAGGAGCUCGUGAAGCAGCUGUCCCUCCUCCCCAGAGACAACUACAACCUCCUCAGCUACAUCUGCAGGUUUCUCUAUGAAAUCCAACUCAACUCCAGCGUCAACAAGAUGAGUGUGGAUAACCUGGCAACAGUGAUUGGAGUGAACCUCAUCAGACCCAAGAUAGAGGACCCUGCAAUUAUCAUGAGAGGCACACCCCAGGUCCAGAAGGUGAUGACUGUGAUGAUCAGUGACCACGAAAAGCUCUUUCCCCCAUCCAAGGAUGUGCCUCCCUCCCCACCUGCCCAAAAAACCGAGAAGAAAGCUCCUGUCCCUCGCAGCUCCGUAGGCUGGGGAGCUGCAGAGGGCCCCACAGCUCCCAGAGGCUCCAUCCAAAGGCAAAUGAGGGAUCACCCCAAUUCCAGCAGCACCCCUGGCCCAGCUGCGAGCUCCAGUGUCCCCGGGGAGGACACAGAGUCCAAAGACACACAGGGAAUGUGGAAAACACAGCCAAGGAAAAGAACUCAGACUUUACCUACGAGGAAAUCUUUCCUGGCAGCGGCUCCCCCAGGGGAGAAGGGCUGCAAGGAGAAGAACGAUGUCUUUGCCAGUGACUUUUGGAAAAGCAGCACGCGCCCCGUGGGCUCUGAUGGACACAAGAGAACGUUGUCUCAUGAUCUCUUUAAGCUGCUCGACCUCCACAGGGCUUCAACCUACGACAAUGUUCCCCCCUCCCAGGCAGAGAGUGGGGAAGGCAGCGGCUCCAGCCCCAGCCCUGCCAGCAGCAUCUCCGAGAAGGAAUUCCUGCCCUGCUUCAGUCCCAGCCACGAGCCAAAGGAACCAGCCAGUCCCACCAGCAGCCCUGCUGAGGACUCCAAACCUGAGCAGGAGAGCAGGGAGUUCCUGCAAAGCAUGAUCCUCAAGCUGGAAAAAGACCUGGAGGCACAGAGAAAUGAGUACGAGGGGCAAAUCAAAAGCCUCCAGAAUGAAAACUAUGAAGUCUGGGCCAAAGUGGUGAGGCUGAACCAGGACAUUGAGCAGGAGAAGAAGAAGUCUGGGGAGCUGGAGCUGAAGCUGAGGAACGCGGAGCGCUCGCGGGAGGACUUGGAGAAGAAAACCAAGGUGCUUGAGGAGGAGAUUAAAAACUUAACUAAAUCCACGAGUAAAACUGGUGCCAAAACCAACUAGGAGGAGACACCCAGCUUUGCACAGACACAAAAUGCAGCUGCAGGAAUGCACAGGAAUUGCAGGUUCAGAGCCAGGGGCUUGUAUUGCCCAGUGUCCUGCUACUGCCCGCAGGCCGAGUGGGACGAAGGAGACCAGAGCUUAGAGGCCAGUUCAUGCUCUGGACCAGGAAAUUUCAAAAACAUCCUUUAGCUUUUUUGGUGUGUUUAUUUCAACUCCUCUUUCAGCUGCUCAGGUUACCUGGAGAACAGGCCAGCACUUCCUGCUGCUCAGUCAGAAUGUCUUGCACUCAGAAGGUUGGGUUAUGGACAUGUUGUGCCUUUAUAAAGAAACCAGCAGCAUCCCUCCUCCAGCUGCCUGUCUCCUUGCUGGAGACACCCACAUGCAGAACAUCCAUGGAUCCUGGAUCUGGGCAGGCAGCGGAGCCCCAGGGCCCGGGGAGGCACAGCCCUGGGUGGUGGAGGUGCUCACAUCAAUCACCCAGCUGGUUUGUGCUCUUGUGGGGCAGGACGAGGCUCUGAGAUCUCCUGCAGCACCAGGAGAUGCUGUGCCAGCCAUCCACACCACGGCUCCAGGCAGAAAACCCCAGUGUCACACAAAGCUCUUCAGUUCAGGGGCUGUUCAGGUGUUUUAGGUCACUGCUCCCCACAGCCAGGUGCUCCUAAUCCAGCACAGCUGGCAGAGCUUGGAGAGCACUUUCACACACCUGUGCUCGGAGCUCUUGGUGCUGGGGGAGUCCAUCAGCAGCUCCCAGCACAAAAAAUUCUGUUUUCCCUGAGGGACAGACUUCAAAGGAGGACAAAUCUGGACUUAUUUACGGCCCCUGCUCCGGUGUUUUGUCAUUUCUGAAGUGCAGAGCAGGAUUUCCUCAGCCGGCCUGUGGAACCCUGGGUUUGCGCCCAGCAGUGAUGCCGGGUCUCUCCCCAUCACUUGCUGCCAUCAGUGCAAAGCCCACCUGGACCCAAAGGUGUCCCUGUGGCUGUUUGUGACCUUUCUGCUUGUCCCCCACCCCUGCCAGAGCCGUCCUUCCAGCAGUACCACGGUGCUGCCAAAGCUUUUGGUGGAGGAAAGAAAAAUACCAGGACUCUGGACAGUUUUUUUCUUCUAGAGAAAACCUUUCACUCAUUUAUUUGGGAAGGGGGAACAGCCCAGCCCAGAGCCUUCAUGGGGACGGGAAAGGGAAAACCACAGAGAUCUGCAGGAGUUUUCAAGCAGGACCAAGCACAUGGCUCUGUGCCAGGCACCGUGAGGGGAAUCACAACACUGGGCUCUGGCUACUGAGGACUUGGCUUUGGCAAGGCAGAAGUUCAGCUCCACACAGGCUGCAGAGCUGUCUGCCAGGGAAAAUGAACUUGGGAGAGAAGGGGACACAGAGGAAAAUGUGGGAAACAAGGGGAGAUGGGAGUGGGAAAAGGUUAUUGGAGAAUAAAAGUCAGUGUUGAGUAUAAAGCACUUGCUGCUCUCAGCCUUGCUGGGGUAGGGGGGACUGGUUUAGCCCUAAAAACUGAGCCCAGACUCAGUCUCAGAUUCACUUUGGUGCGUUGAGCCCACCUUUGCUCAGCUAUGGAUAUAAAGUCUGGGGAAGGUGCAGAGUUUGUGAAAGCUGAGCUGCAUUCGACCUGUAGACCCUGACUCCAGGGGUUUCCUUUCCACAGAAUCCCCAGAGACCACACAGCUCUCCCCUGUCGUGCCCACAAACCUUCACACGAGGGAAUCGACUGUUCCAGAGGCCCAGGUGGGUCUCCUGCAAAAUCCCAGUGCCUUCCCAAGGACCCACGGCCGAGGCCCUCUGCUCUCCCAGAGAUUGAACCUGAGCACAGGGUAGCAAAUCUGACUAAAAUGUUUCAGAUCUCAGCCUUGGUGAUGGGAAAUAUCAGUGAGGACCACGGUGAGGAUCUGCACUGGGCCUGGACCUGCUGGUGCAGCUCCAUGGCUUUGCGGAGGGAUGGAAGUCAUGGAGAGGAGCCCCAAGGAGGGCAGGGUGGCCUCCACCAGGCUCAGACACCCUCCAUGAUCACCCAAAGCUCCCCUUCCCACACCUGCAGGUCCCACACACCACAAGAGCUGUCUCCUGAAGUCUCUUUCAGUUUUUUUUGGCUGCAAGUCCAAGUCCCCACCGUGGGAGCCGCGACUUGCCGGCACUCGGACCGAGAGGUUCCCAAUGUCUGCCACCAUUUCACAGCAGCUGCUGCCAUUCACGAGUCUUUUCUGUGAUUUCAGAUGACCUUGACAGAGCUACUUCAGUGGUUAUUCAUUUUUUUACCUCUGCAAGAAGCUCAUCACCAAUCUGAGCGUGAGGCCCAGGAGUCAUUAGGGAGAAACUUCUCCGUUGGGUUUAGGAGCAGCAUCGUGAACAUCUGGGCUGGAAAUGCCACACGCUCCUUUCUGCAAAGAUCAAAAGUGUGAAGAGGCCAAUAAUUCCUUCACAGCAGACUGUAAUGACGUGCAAAGGCUUGGCUGAGGCUCAGAAAUCUCCACGAUUAGGACAAGUGCACGUUAUUUAAAAUAAACUGCGCAUUCCUCCGCUUCCACUCAGAUAGGCAAAACAACCCCGUGGCUGCCGAGCAUCAGAGGGACUCCUUUGAAGAUAUUCCACCCAUUAACAUUUGCAGGGUUUAUAGAGGUCAUCUGUGAGACUUUCCAAUAGAGGUCAGGUGGGCUGGAAAUUCCUGAGAGCCUGGAGGGCACCUUGUGAGCUGGUGUUGCCAUUGGGUGCUCUAAGAGAACAAGGAAUUUUUUUUUUAAGUGAGGUUUCUCCAGAGAACCAUGAACUGCCCAUGCCAGACCUGUGAAACUGCACCCUUUCCAUCCCUGAGGGGGUGGGUGCCCUCUCUGCUCUGUCAGGCUCUAUCCAGAGCCUGCUCUGGAUUUUCUGCACUUUCACAUCCGCUGGAGACCGCACAACGUGAGAUCCCCGAAAACUGACUGGUGCCGAGCCUACAUUUCCUUCCUCCCUCUAUUUCUGGCCAGGCCAUGAAGAUUUUUGGGGUGGGAGCAGCAGAGAAUCUCUCCUGCUCCUGGGGCAGGGGCUGCUGCUCCUCUGGGCUGCGAGGGACAUUAUAAACUCACAGGGGGGCUUUGGUGGCUUUUCAGCUCAGUGGGUUUUGGACACUGACUCUGGAUCCCCUGGAGAGGGUGACGCUGCUCCUGUCCUGUAAAAGCACAACAGACUGUCUACCACAGAGAAUAAAGAAAGGUCCUUUCCA